UCGCCUGUUGCUGCGGACGGAGGAGGCUGUGAGUUCACACCCACAUUCAACAGGCACCGGAUCACAGCUGGUUUACGCACGGAUUGGAGAGCUGUCCAGAGCGACUGCAGACCGACAUCGAGGAAGAUAAGGACUCUUUAAUUUGCGCGCAAUGGCGCCUAUGCGCAAAUCCUCUUCUGCCAAUCCAGUUUUGCGCUUCAAUAAAUAGAUUAAAGGACAAAAAAAACAACAUAUAUUGAUAGAUUAGAUCUUAACUGAGUUCGGAUAAAAGCAGAGGAGGAUGGGGACGCCAUACAACGGAUCCAAUGUAACAUCGAAUUACACCAACCAGUUCGUGCAGCCGCCGUGGCGCAUCGCUCUCUGGUCGGUCGCUUACAGCUCCGUGCUGGCGGUGGCCGUGUUUGGAAACCUCAUCGUGAUAUGGAUCAUUCUCGCCCAUAAGCGGAUGCGGACGGUGACCAACUACUUUCUGCUUAACUUGGCCUUUUCGGACGCGUCGAUGGCCGCUUUUAACACUUUGAUAAACUUUAUCUACGCUGCCCAUGGAGACUGGUACUUCGGGGAUGCCUACUGUAAAUUCCAAAACUUCUUCCCAGUGACAUCUGUGUUUGCAAGCAUCUACUCCAUGACUGCAAUAGCUGUGGACAGAUACAUGGCCAUCAUCCACCCACUGAAGCCCCGUCUCUCAGCAAAGGUCACCAUGGGAGUCAUCGUCAGUAUCUGGAGCAUGGCAGUGGUACUGGCUUUCCCUCUGUGCUAUUUCUCCACCACUCGAGCUCAACCGCACAGAACCAUCUGCUAUGUCGCCUGGCCUCGCAUGGCAGAUGACCACUUUAUGUAUCAUAUCAUAGUGACUGUGCUAGUAUAUGUGCUGCCCUUAGUGGUGAUGGGCAUCACUUACACCAUCGUGGGGGUGACACUGUGGGGUAGUGAGAUUCCUGGAGACUCAUCUGACAAUUAUCAUGGACAGCUCAGAGCUAAAAGGAAGGUGGUAAAGAUGAUGAUCAUUGUGGUGGUGACUUUUGCCCUCUGCUGGUUGCCGUAUCAUCUCUACUUCAUAGCAACCGGUCUCAAUAAACGUCUGAUGAAGUGGAAAUACAUCCAGCAGGUUUACCUGUCAGUGCUGUGGCUGGCCAUGAGCUCCACCAUGUAUAAUCCUGUUAUCUACUGCUGCCUCAACAGCAGGUUUCGAACAGGCUUCAAGAGGGCAUUUCGCUGGUGCCCCUUCAUCAAGGCAUCCAGCUACGACGAGCUGGAAUUGCGUUCAAUACGACUGCACCAAACGCGCCACAGUAGCAUGUACACGCUGACUCGGAUGGAUACCACCAUGGUUGUGGUCUAUGACCCUGCUGAAGGCAACGGCGGAGCAGGAGGAAGCGAGCACUCCCUGCCUGUCAGGAAGAGAAGCUACGUUACCUCACGCCAGUCGGAGAUCAUUGCCUCCAGUGGCACUGGUGUAGGAUCACAAAAUGGGGUCGCACCGAAAGCCGAAAUUGAGGAAUUUUCUUGAAGAGCACAUUUGCUGAGAUUCACAUAAAAACCUAAUAUAUAUAUAUAUAUAAAUGUUUGUGUGUGUACGUAAAGAACUUUAAGCAGCAUAGGCUGUUCAAAAACAGGCACAUGCUGCAGUAGCUUGGCUCAGACACUGCAGUAUGUCUAGGAUUAAAAGUGGACUCUUGUAGAGAGGCUGUGCAAACCAUAAUCAUCUGCCUACUUUCUCAGCCUAACAUGCAGUUCUGACUGCAUAUUUACAUAGCCACUGUUGUUCAAAUGUUAGUUUAAAAAUCUCACAGUAGCCGAUUAAGGAAGUUUUAAUUGAGGAUAUUCCUCAAUUAAAACUUCCUUAAUCAGCAUUAGCACCUGUAAAAACAAGUAAUCUGAAAGUACAUAUUAGCAAUUAUGUAAGAAUAAAAUAUUUUAUACAUGCCAUUGUAAAACCAUAAGAUAAUGUGAUUUACAGUACACCCUUUCCAGCUGUUCCCCCUGUGGCCAUGCAUGGCCACACAUGGACAAGCCUCUGCAGAGUUAUCAGUGGAAAAGCUGUUGACUGAACUCUGCUUAACUCCAUAUGUGGCUCUGAGUUUAACUCUCGGUUAUGUAACAAUUGAACGGGAUGUGCCCCACUAACUGUCAAAAAGCCAGCGGUGAAAUCUAGUAUUCAUUUGCAGCUUAUCAAUACACAGGCUGAGGGAUAGUCUUACUGACGGAAACCUAACAAACCAGUUCAGAGCCGCGUUUUCCAAUGACGUGAAUUUCCUCAGUUAAGUGCAGCUCGUUUCUUUCGGUGGUUUUUACAGUGAAUUCUCAGAAAGUCUAAUGGUUUUGGCUUGUUGUUGCAAAUGCAGUAUUACUAGAAUGUGUUAUGCUAGAUGAAUAGUUCAGUAGUUGGAACUUAUAUUGAAUCAUGUUAAAAGUGAGACAAUUUUAACAAGAUUUUUGGGCAAUUAUUGUUCAUGUUUAGGUUUACUAUCAUUUUUGUACUUACUAUAAAACAGUCUUGGGGCAGUUUUGAUAUUUUUCUUCUACUUGUUUGUAUCCAGUAAAACAUGUUGGCUUUAACAACUUGACUGGAUAUUUCUUUCAUUUUUUUUUUUUUACUAGUAAUUACCUAUUUACCACGUUUAAAGACAUUUAUCUAGUUUGAAAGUUGGCCAAACCUCACAAUGUUUUUAUUUUUUAUUUUUUGCUUUAUUUUUCGAUUAGAAUUGAUUAGUCAAAGUAAAAAUGCCGCUUGGGGAAAAGAAGGAUUUGAGAAUAAAAGAAAAAAAGUUUACAUAUAGAUUAGAUCUGACUGAAGACAUUAUGCUAUCAGGCUCAACUGAUGUGAAUAUAACAUGAGAUUUUUUGUACACAUUUAACCUUUCUGCAGUCUUAAGGAAAGGGAUCACUUAGACUCCAUGGGUUUUUUACUCUGUGUGUGUUUUAGUCUGACAGGAUUGUACUCACCCUGCGUGUGCUUUCUUCUUUAACGUUUUAUUGGCUCUAUUGGUCUUAUUUGAAAGUGGUCAGGUAGGAAAGCAGGUUGUGAAUUUGCUAAUCCAGAGCACAGAAUAUUUAAGGCUGGCUGUUUCUUCCUUCAUUGCCACUCUCAUCACCCACUCUGCUUCCUCAUGCAUGUGGUGCUCUGCUGCUAGGCCUCAUCUCACCUCCUCAUUCACAUACGUCUUUGUUUUUGCAUCUUAGCACUUCCAUAUACAUACAGCACAUCCAAGUAUAUGCAUUACGCCACUGAUAAUGACAUGCACAUUCUAUUAUAGUUUUUGUUAAUAAAUCCUUUUUCUGUUAUGACCCUGAGCCAGUCGUAACAAAUCUUAUAAAAAUGAAUAUUUUAUAUUAUUUUUUAUUUUACUUUUGGAGCAUUAUGGUGACCGAAUUCUAAAAUUUACUUCGAGAUUAUCUGUUUUAUUUAAUAUGUAGGUCACAUAAACAAAAUUUAAUGUAAAUGUUAGAAUGCAAACAACAAUAAAUUUUUUUACAGUACAAAACAUAAAAGAAACCAAAAACAGCUUCUUUUUUUUUUUUUAAACAUGUUAAACUAUUUGACUGAAAGAUAACACUGAUUUUAUUGUAUUGUAUUAUAUUGAUUUACUUGUUGAAGUUUUACUUUUGUACAUUAUGGUUACAAGUCAACAUAAAUUUGAAUGUUUGGAGACUUUAUGAAAGUAUUACCAUAAGAAUGUGAGGAAAUAGAAAUGCUCUGUGCAUAUGAGUGUUUUACAUUUCUAAGCUGUUGUCAGAUCAUUUUUGUGCAAGGUGUUCAACUUCUUAUUGAUGGUAAUGUAAAAGGCGUAUACCAUUAUUUUUAUUUAUUUCUCUUCCUAAUUGUGUUCAGACUCGUAGGUCACAAUGACUAUAAUCUCAAUAAACGAGAUUUAAAAAAACAACAAAAAUAGUAAGCACAAGAGAUUGAAUGUUGCAGGUGAGUGAUGGAAUUGAGUAGAAUGCUAGCAUUAAUGCAAAAUAGUUAAAACUCAAGAUAUAGAAGAAUUUAGAUAGACAUAGUCUCUGUUCAUAUUGUGAUCAUCGGAAUUAUCACUCUAAUGCUGAUGAACAUCAGUUCUCCCAUUUCUGAAAACUGCUGAAGCAUCAUAAUACUUUAUACUUUGUGCCAUGGAGUUUAUGAGAAAGUCUUAAUUUUCUUGCAUUAGAUCCAUCCCAUACUUUACUCCUAAGGUUUUUACGUCACUAAUAUUAAUAUUUUGCAAAAAGGUCCACGUCUCAUUCCACUCAACAACUUUUAAGUUCAUCUCCUUCAACGCUGUAUUUUCUUUUACUUUAUUUAAAAAGCAUUAUUUUAUCCAAUAAAAAUUGUGCUCACAAACAACAGCUGGGAUCACCCAUUUUUACCUAUCUGAUGUUUUUGUUUGUUUUUGGUGGUUGAGGAGAUAUUCAUCGUCUUUGCCUGUAUUUAGUUCCACAAUGCUCACCCACACUUCCACAGAUUACCAUUCUAACAAAAAGUGCUAACUCCAUUCUUUUUGUAAUUUUAUAAGUAUUGACACACCAAUUUGCCAUCCAUUGUCUACACCUGCUGUUCUCCAGCAGCCAUUGGGUGAGAGGCGGGGUACACCGUGGACAGGUCCAUCACAGGGCAACACACACAGGACAAACAACCAUGUACUUUCACACUCACUCACCAAAGGGCAGUUUGGAGAGACCAUUAAAUCUAACAUGUUUUUGGACUGUGGGAGGAAGCUGGAGUACAUGGAAAGAAUUCACAUGUGCACAGGGAGAACAUGCAAACUGUAUGCAGAAAAACCCCAGGAUGGGAUUCAAACCCAGGACCUUCUUGUAGCAAGGCAGCAGUGGUACCAACUUAGGCAUUGUGCAAUCCUCACCGUCCCCCAUUUCUCACAGUUCCCUUAAAAGUUUUUUUUUUUUUUCUGAUCACAGUCAUAGAGUGACAGACUUCAAGGCUUCUAGGUGUCUGCACACAUUACAGAUCCAAUGCCACCCUCCAUACACAAUAGUGCCUUUCUGUUGUAGUUGUCUCAAAAGGCUCUUUUUAGUUCAGAAGAGGGUUUUUAAAAAUUAAAGCCAGUGUAAAGGCUGGUGGUAAUUCAUGCAUGUUUCAAACAUUAAAUAUUUUUAGGUUAUUUGGCUCUAAAAUAUGGUGAUAGAUGCCCUCUAAGGCAUUUGAACAUCCUUCUUUUUAAAUGUGUUGGAAUGUACAGUACGAUGUGCCUCUAUCUGUUGAAGGGUAACUGUUUUUGUUGUUGUUGUUGUUGUGCUUUUAAAGGAUAAUGUGUUGAUCUCAGCUCAGUUUCAUUUGGUUCUCAUUUUUUUCCGUGAUGCAAUAAAUCAUGUGAUCUCAUCUGAAUAACAUUUAUGUUUUGCAAAACUGCAAAAUAAAUGGAAACUCAGAUUGAAAGUAGCUGUAUUAUCCUUUUAAGCAAGUGCUCAGAAAUAAAUAAUAAUAAUUAUAUUGUAGAGUGAAGCUUUACAUUAAAAUAGAAUUAGUAUUAUGAUUAUGUGGAAUGGUGAACUCAUGUUUCUACACAAUUUCAAUGUUGCAUCAUACUACUUUUACUGAGCCUGAAAUGUUUUGUAUUGCUUUGCAUCAGAUAGUAUUAAUCUUAUCUGCUUUAUGUAGGUUUAUUGCAAUGGUCCUCUGCAUAGUUUCAUGUUUACAUGUGUCUUGAUAUGUGUACGAUACAACAUAGCUGUGGCUUGUUGCAGUAUCAGAAGAAUAAAAGAAAAUGUAAAGUAAUUAUUAUUUGAUGUUGGUUAU